AGAAAAACGCCGACAAAAUAAAAAAAAUAAUUGACAAAAGCAUUUUGCAAAAAUGGUACGUGUAGCUUUACAAAUUUCCGCAACUUUGGAAAAUGUAGUAGAAUUGAAAACCUGCCACCCAGACUAUUCAUUCUUCAUCAAACUCACCUGUACAAAUUGUGGCGAAACAUCGGAUAAGUGGCAUGACAUAACCGAAUCGGAGCGCACACAACAGGAUUCACGUAAUCCCAAUGGCUUUAAUUUCUAUAUGAAAUGUAAAAUGUGCAGCCGGGAGAAUUCCAUAGAUGUGGUGGAGAAGUCGAAUGCUGUCUACACCCAGGAGGACAGUGGCAAAUUUAAAACCAUUGUUGUAUUUGACUGCCGUGGCGCUGAACCUAUGGAUUUUUCUCCUCGUAUUGGUUGGAUUGUUCGUUCUGUGGAUAAUGGUCAAACGUUUGAUGAAGUCGAUUUGUCAGAAGAUGAUUGGGUGGAUUUCGAUGAAAAGAAUAACAAUUCGGUGGGAAUUUAUGAAUUUGCUUCCAAAUUUAUUAAGUUGAAGAAGUAAAAGUGUUAAUAUUACUUGA